CGCCGCAAGAAUUUAAAAAAAAUCCAAAAGCAAGCGUUCCCCACGUGUCGGCCAUGGCUGUCAGUAGCGCCACAAUUCGCGCACAGAUAUCCGUGGCCAAAGAUAGCGUUAACAAAACUGAACAGGGAACGUUAUCAAAAGUGAACAGGCACAAAUAAAGGCGUUAAAAGGCCACCUAACGAGUUCUUCGCUGGCUAUGUGGUCUCACAGCCCUCGCGGGAGCGCUGUGACAUAACACAGCCUUCAUAUGUAAAGCGAUCUGGCAGCAGCGCGCUUGUCCAAGCAACCAGUUUCGUCCUCGAUCGAACCUGGCGCAUUACCCCAAACACGCUCGCGAUGUCGUCGUACGAGUUGCCCGCCAACGCCAGCGAGGACGUGCUCAGACGCAAGGUAAGCGAAGUGCGAGGCAACCUGCAGUCGCUGAACAUAUCCAACUGCAUCGUCGCGAUACCGGCAUUCCUGCUGUCGCUGGCGUCCGACCUACGGAACCUCCAAACUCUGUCGUGCGUCGCGUGCCCUCUGAAGGCGAGCCUUCUUCUGGACCGGCUGCUGAGGUCGUUGCAGAACGUCACGCAGCUUGAGUUCUCGCUCGUCGACGCCAGGGACGACGCCAAGGAAGAACUCUUCAAGAUCCGGCACUUGGGGGUCGUUUACGUGGGUAAGGAGACCAAGAUUCGCAAGAUGUACGUCGAGGUGGCGGACAAAAACAACGCGAAGGUGCUGCUGCUGUUCCUAAUGUACUGCCCGCUCCUGAGGGACUUGCACGUUCAUUUCAUGGACGACGCCAGUUCAGACUUGUGCGCGGCGACGUGCUCGAACAUUACCAACCACUUCACCAAUCUUGCGACGUUUACGGUCACCUGCGAGGUGCCCUCCAGGGUGCAGUCGGACCCCACGCAGCCGGUGGACUUGCGUUACUGCAUCGACCUUCACGGUAACGUGGUGUUCCGAAAGACGCCGCAGGCCUUCAACUGCGCCCAGUUGCGAGACCUGGCCUUGUCGCCCACUCCGGCGUUCCCGCUUGAGCCAGUCGUCCUGGUGGCCGUCGAAACACCAGAUACCGGGAGGCAGUUCCUCAAUGCCGGCUCUCGGCACAACUGGAGCCAGUUACGGAGCCUGUGCAUCCUGCUGUACGCCCGAAACCUCAACCAAACCGUGUAUCCGACCAUCUGCGCUAUGCACGACGACGCCCUGCGCGACUUUUUCGCUAAGCUUCUCAACCUCGUCGAGCUCAACGUCAGCUCCUUCCACUUUGGCGACGGCGUCGACUUCACGAAGCUGCUGGCUGCGCCCGCUCUGCAGCGCCUCCGAGCGCUGUCCCUGCCACCCUGCGGCCUGCGUCCGAGAGGCGCCGUGCGUCGGCUGGCCCUCGGGCUCGGCGACGUCGAAGACCUGGACGUCCGCCUCAACAUGGACGGCCACUACAAGAGCUGCCGUUCCUGCUCCAACGAAGUGACCAUCGAACCUGCGAAUGCGAGCGCGUUUUCCAUCGGGUCCGGCCGCCUUACGUUGAGCAACGUGCCACGCCUGGUUUCUUUGAACUUCCUCCGGCGCCUCCAGGUGCCCCACGUGCGGUUCAUCGACGACUCUGACAUCCCGCGUUUUGACUACAGGGCCCUAUCAAGGGCUCUACGCUCCAGUGAAACCCUCCGCUCCCUCGUCAUCAAGAUGGCCCUCAUUAAUUUCGACGAGCCGUCCUUCGAGAGCUUGCUAUGCCCUGCAAGGGCUCUGGAACGCCUGUGCCUCCUCACCAAGACAAAGCUGGAGGCAUCGCAAGCGCAGCAGGCCGUGCAAGCCAUGGCCCGCCAGCUGCCGUCCAUCUUCUACUUACAUAUCCACUAUGUGGAUAUUGAAACGCACUCGGAGACCAGUGUGACCUGGAUCCGCUUACCCGAAGGCGAAGUGGCGGGCCCUUCAAGUCGAGGAAGAGUGAUGCCUGGGAAGCCUUGCAUCAUGUGCUCCACCCAGACGUUCGUGGCACUCGCAAAGCCGCACAACCGUGAACUGUAGUAGACCAAGCAGCGGGUGUGGCGCCCUUGAAGUGGUCGCUGCUGGACCGACAUUUGUCUUGUAGACACCCUUGCAUACGCUCUUCGAUUUGAGUGCGUCGUCAUACAUGUGUCCCCCAUUGCACCUCGAACUUGACAUUCGAUCGCUUUUAAUCGCCAAGGAGCGAUUUUUCAAACGGCUAAUAAGUUUUAUCGCUUCUCCUGGCUGUGAUCUACUUGUUACUCAGGGACACUAGAUGUCGCCCGUCUAAAAAAUCGUCAACGUAUCUAAAAAUUCCAACAGUUUGACCCAAAUGUGAUAGGGAUCUUGUCAGCAGCUUGCAUGGGUCAAACAUUGACCUAAUUUUCAGAUACGUUGACGACUUCUUGAGGAUGCAACUAACAACUGUGACUGCACUUUAGCGCGGUGCUAUGUAUAAUUGAUGU